AUGAAGGUGCCGGGGAGGAGCCGCUUCUGGAUGUGGCUUCCAUUCCUGCAGCUGCUGGUGAGCAGCAAGCAGCCCGAGGGCGUGGCGGGACCCGCUGGCGAGGGGCCGCGGGGCCGGGGGGCGGCUGUCCCACAGAGGAAGCCCUGGGUUCUGGACGGCUGCCGGAGGCUCUCCGGGCUCCUGCGCCAGAAGGCCGCCGUUCUGAACAAGCUGGAGGACGCGAUCAGAGCCGUGGAGAGGGACGCCAGCCUCUCGGACCAAGAGAAGCUGUUCCAGGUGCACACGCUUGAGAUUUUCCAGAAGGAGCUGAAUGAAAGCGAGAACUCGGUCUUCCAGGCUGUCCACGGCCUCCAGAGAGCGCUGCAGGGCGACUACAGGGACGUGGCCAACAUGAGGGAGAGCAGCCGGCAGCGCCUGGAGGCCCUGCGUGCGGCGGCCAUCAAGGAGGAGACAGAAUAUGUGGAACUUCUGGCAGCAGAAAAACAUCAAGUUGAAGCCCUUAAAAACAUGCAGCAUCGAAACAAAAGUCUGUCCAUGCUGGACGAGAUCCUCGAGGAUGUGCGGAGGGCGGCAGACCGUCUGGAGCUGGAGAUUGAGGAGCAUGCCUUCGACGACAAUAAGGCGGUCAAAGGGGUCAAUUUUGAGGCGGUCCUGCGGCUGGAGGAGGAGGAGGCCGACUCUCAGCAGAACCUCAGCAGGCGGGAGGUGGAGGAGGACCUGGGCCUGAGCAUGCUCAUCGACUCCCAGAACAACCAGUACAUCCUGACGCGGCCCCGGGACGCCACCAUCCCGCGGGCUGACCACCACCUCAUAAAGGACAUCGUCAGCAUCGUGAUGCUCUCCCUGCCCUGUGGCUGGCUCUGCACCACCAUCGGGCUGCCCACCAUGUUCGGCUACAUCAUCUGCGGCGUGCUGCUGGGGCCCUCCGGACUCAACAGUAUCAAGUCGAUUGUACAGGUGGAGACAUUAGGAGAAUUUGGUGUGUUCUUUACUCUGUUCCUUGUUGGCUUAGAAUUUUCCCCAGAGAAGCUAAGAAAGGUGUGGAAGAUCUCCCUGCAGGGGCCCUGCUACAUGACUCUGCUCAUGGUGGCCUUCGGCUUGGUCUGGGGCCACCUUCUGCAGAUCAGACCCACCCAGAGCGUCUUUAUCUCUACCUGCCUGUCCUUGUCGAGCACACCCCUGGUGUCCAAGUUCCUCGUGGGCAGCUCCCGCAGUGACAAGGAAGGCGACAUCGACUAUGGGGCGCUGCUGCUGGGGGUGCUGGUGACUCAGGAUGUGCAGCUGGGGCUGUUUAUCGCCGUCCUGCCCACGCUCAUCCAGGCGGGAGCUGGUGCUCAUGCCAGCGUCACCAUGGAGGCCCUGCGGCUCCUGGCCCUGGUCGGGCAGGUCGUCUUCUCGCUCGCCGCCGUUCUGCUCGUCUGUCUGCUGGUGAGGACCUACCUUGUGGGGCCUUACUGCCGGAAGCUGCACGCAGAGAGCAAAGGGAACAAGGAGAUCCUGGUCCUGGGCAUCUCCGCCUUCACCUUCCUCAUGCUGACGGUCACCGAGCUGCUGGACGUGUCCAUGGAGCUGGGCUGCUUCCUGGCUGGAGCCCUGGUGUCCUCGCAGGGCCAUGCGGUCGCCGAGGAGGUCGUGUCCUACGUGGAGCCCGUCCGCGACUUCCUGGCCAUCGUGUUCUUUGCGUCCAUAGGCCUUCAUGUGUUCCCCACCUUCGUGCUCUACGAGCUCACUGUCCUGCUGGUCCUCACGCUCGCGGUGGUGGUCAUGAAGUUCGUCCUGGCAGCCCUGGUCCUGUCCCUGCUCCUGCCCAAGACCAGCCAGUACAUCAAGUGGAUCGUGGCCGCCGGGCUGGCCCAGGUCAGCGAGUUCGCACUGGUCCUGGGGAGCCGGGCACGCAGAGCCCGAGUCAUCUCCCGGGAGGUGUACCUGCUCAUCCUGAGCGUGACCACGCUCAGCCUGCUCCUCGCUCCGCUGCUCUGGCGCGCUGCCGUCGCCCGGUGCGCGCCCCGGCCGGAGAGGCGGUCCAGCCUCUGA